GUGUCACCUCGUCUCCGCCCCCAAAUCAUUCAACAAAAACUCCCCUCCCCCCAACCUCCUGGCCUCCAUCCACCCUCCUCCUCCCUUUUGCCCCCCUCUCUCUGAACUCACAGUGGGAGUUUGCAGGCAUCGCGGGGGAGGAAGGAGACGGACGGACGGACGCGGUAGCGGCUACGUCAGCCGUGGGGGCCCCUCUACCUGGCGAGGGAGCGCACGGGCGGGGGGCGACUCGCCGGGCGCCGCGUGCCCGCGAUGGUCGAGGGGGCGGCGGCUUCGGGGUGGAGGCGCGCGACAAAUACCGUGGCCAGCGGCGCUCGCUCGCGCCCAUCGGCGAAGGAGUUCUCGGCCAAAUCGAUGCUCGGAUCAGGCAGGCCUCGUUAACGUUAUUUUCUUGUUGUACAUUUUUUUUAUAUAAACAGGUGCAAGGCGGAUUGAAAGCGACUUAAUUUGGAAGUCGUUGACACAAGGAGUGAGACUCCGCUCCCUAUGGCCGGGCAAGACUGUUGGGGCGAGUGCUGUUAGCGAGCACCUAUUAAGGCAAGACAAAGGUCGACAAAGACACGCAGACUGCCGUUCCCUCGUGUGUAGACACUCGGAGAAGAUCCAACUCGCUCCAAAACACCAAGUGUCCAGCGCAUGAAGGACGUGGCGCUGCCUCUUCUCUCUCGUGGCAAUGAUGUCCGGAGCUGCCGCGUCCCCCGUCCUCCUCCUCUUCCUCGUCUCGUCCCUGUACCUCUCGGAGGGGUGCCUUGGGCUCUUUCAGGCCGGGUCGGGGCCGGCGGCGGCGGCCCCCGUGCCGCGCCACCACCGGGCCUCGUACAGCCUCUACGGAGGCGCGCACGGCCACGGAGCGGGCAGCAGCAGCGGCAGGGGUAGAGGCAGGAACUGGUGCGCGCGGCACGUGACGCGAAACGUCUCGUGCGCCGUGCUCAACGGCUCGCACUCGCACGUGCGGGCCGAGCCUCAGCGCUGUCGCUGGGGUCAGGACCACUGCCCGGGCGGCCGCACCACCUACCUGUGAGUCGAGCCGCAGCGCCACACACCACGUGGGCUGCCACCUGUCCCGGCGGGGUCGACCCGGGCAGUCUGGGAAUUGACAUCCAGUGGCGGUCCGGGGAUGGGUUGUCUACCUGUGUGUUUUGUGUUGUUAGUGAGAAGCGGUGGCGCAGCGGAUAGCGAGUUGCGCUGCGAACCCGGCGAACCGAUUUCAAUUCCGUUUACGGCCGCCAACACCAGUAACGAUUAUCUGAACCGGUACUGGGCCUUCCCUAGGUCGACUCAGCCUCAUAUGAGUACCUGCUGUGGUGUGUAAACAUCGCCACUGGGGAUACAAAGGCGGUACACCCCCUCGCGUGCCGUUUUCAUAGGUGCUCGCUCACAGCACUUUCCCCAAAAGUCAGUCAAGGCUAUACGGGGUACCUUUGUCUCGUGUUGUUAUUGUCGCGUUGUGUACUGCAGAGUUUUGUGUCGAGCCAGGACCCACGUCUCACAGCGCCUCUUGACACCUGGCAGGUCACCAGCGUUGGUUGAAGCGAGCCUCACUGCUGAUGAGACACUGCAUGUGGAAGCGAGUGUUUGCUCGCGUUGAGCCAACGCUGCUGAGAGUAUCGCCUCCUAGAAGGCCGCGUGGCUGAUGGGAUGUGUGGCAGCAGCGCGCCCUCGUCUUCUUGUGUGGAGACACAGAGAAGCAAAGGAGGCGGCAACUUUCUUCCAUUUCUAUUCCACGGCAAUUCUCGCACACGGU